AUGGAGGAGGGCAUGAGCACUAUGCAGCAGAAAGCGGCGGAGCUGGAGCACAUGGCCGAGGUCCUGCUCACCGGCGAGCAGCUCCGACUCCGACUGCAUGAAGAAAAGGUCAUUAAAGAUCGGCGUCACCACCUUAAGACCUACCCGAACUGCUUUGUUGCCAAAGAGCUGAUCGAUUGGCUGAUUGACCAUAAAGAGGCCUCAGACCGAGAGACAGCUAUUAAACUGGUGCAGAAAUUAUUGGAUCACAGCAUAAUCCACCAUGUGUGCGAUGAGCAUAAGGAAUUUAAGGAUGUGAAGCUGUUCUACCGCUUCCGAAAAGAUGAUGGGACAUUUCCACUGGACAAUGAGGUGAAGGUGUUCAUGAGAGGACAAAGACUGUAUGAAAAGCUGAUGAAUUCUGAAAAUACUCUUCUGCAAGCAAGGGAAGAGGAAGGAGUGAAGUACGAACGAACCUUUGUGGCAUCAGAGUUCAUUGACUGGCUGAUCCAGGAGGGAGAGGCCACGACACGGAGUGAAGCAGAGCAGCUCGGACGCAGACUUUUGGAGCAUGGGAUUAUACAGCAUGUGUCCAACAAGCACCAUUUUAUGGACAAUGACUUGCUCUACCAGUGCAGAAUGAAUUUCCGGCGGCGGCGGCGAUUAAUGGAGCUGCUCACUGAGAAAUCUCGCUUGAUGCCAGAAAGCCACGACAGCCCGUUUUGCCUGCGCAAGCAGAACCAUGACAACAGAAAACACACCAGUUUCCUCUCAGUGAGUCCCACCAAGGAGAUAAAAAUCGUGUCGGCAGUACGGCGAAGCAGCAUGAGUAGCUGUGGCAGCAGUGGGUACUUCAGCAGCAGCCCAACACUCAGCAGCAGUCCACCCGUGCUCUGCAACCCCAAAUCUGUAUUAAAGAGACCUGUGACUGCUGAUGAGCUCUUGAUGCCUGGAGCCCCAUACGUAAGAAAAACUUUUACGAUCGUUGGUGACGCAGUGGGCUGGGGCUUUGUGGUGCGAGGGAGUAAGCCCUGCCACAUCCAGGCUGUGGACCCCAGUGGGCCAGCAGCUGCAGCUGGGAUGAAGGUUUGCCAAUUUGUCGUAUCUGUCAACGGCCUCAAUGUUCUCCAUGUGGAUUACAGGACAGUGAGCAACCUCAUCCUGACUGGUCCUCGAACAAUUGUGAUGGAAGUGAUGGAAGAAAUAGAGUCCUGAGAAGGGAAAAGAACUCUCAGUGGACUCUUUUGUGCGAGAAAUAAGGACAACCAUGGAGUGGCAUGACACAAGGAAGCAGAAUGUUGCUGUAUCUAAAUAGAUGAUUUUGCUUUUGGGGCAGUGGGGCUCUCUUUCAUUUAACAAUAAUAGCACUGGUGAUUAUGUGAAGAAGUGAACAAGGUACACCAGCAUAUUUUCACAAAGGCCUUCAUUUCACCUGACAGAGAUAAGGUCAAGGCCUUUACGUUGUUUGUCCAGCCAUGUCUGCAUUGGUCAGAAUGGUUUCCCACUGAAGAAGCCAUGCAGAUUUCCUCACAGUUCACCACUGAAUCAAAGCACUUCAGGAGAUGAAAGAACCAAACACUGUGGGGUCAGGAUGACACAAAUGGUUUGAUUAGCAUAUUUACAUUGGUAAACGUUCUCCUGGUGUUCAGCUUUGUCCCAGGAACAUGUGCUGUCACAGUUGCUCUCUCCUGGGCCUGAAGGACAGCUGACUAAAUGCUGGCUUGGUUGCAAUCAAAUACAAACAGACUGCAAAUGCAUGAAAAAUAGGUGUUCGUUCUCCACAGAGGAUACUCUGAUAUGAAUGCUUGGGCCUGACCAAGGUCUAGAAACAAAAAGCAUGCAGUACUUUUACAAAAUCUCCUGUUGAAAAUCAGGCUUUUUGUUUAGAAGCUUGCAGACUGAUUUAGGUGCUCGAGUAUAAAAUACUGACUUGGGUUUUUUUCCUUAUCUUUAGAAGGAAGGGUAUCUCACUAUUGGUUUUUGUCACUUUGGAGAAAUUUUGGACGCCUUUAUGCCUGGAAGAAAAAUAAUACUUGGUGUGUUAAAGUGGGGAAUUCACAGUGUUGGCAUUUGCAAUGAUACAUUCAGAUGCUCCAGUAGGGAACGUACACUUCAAAUUGAAGCAAUGUACUUGAAUGUGCAUUAAGCUUGUUAGCAUUUUGCAAUCAUCAAAUGUUUUGCAAACUACAGACUUGCAUUUGACACUAUUACUAAUAAAAUAUUGUAUUUAACUGACUCUUACUCUUUUUGAAACAGUAAGAUUUCUUCAUCAAUGAAUUCAUGAAACAAAUUAUUUUUUCAAAUGUAUGUAUAAAUUCCAUAUUCUGCGCCUUAGGUGAGUCCUCAUGGUAAUUUGACUGUGUGGGGUUUUCUUUGGUCUUUGAACUGAAUAAAUACAUCCUCAUCCACAAAAUUGUAAAUAUAUAUUGCAGACUUUCUCUGCUGUCCAAAUUUUACAGUUAAAGCUUGAAUUUCUAUAUAAACAUAGCAGAAAUCCUUCAA